AUAGGAUUUCUGUGGGGCACUGGGGAAGAGGCCCCUCGACUUUUCUUUCAGACAAGAAGAAGGCAAAAACGGUUGAAGUGACCUCACCAACAAUUGCAGAAGAGCCCGAGCCUGUUCCGUGUGUGCUGCAAGGAGAUGAAAUCCAAGCGCUUGCGAUUAAGGUGGAGGAUCUGGAGAAACUCCAUCCUCCACGCCUUCCCUCUGAUGAGAAGAGAAUUCCAGUUAGCAGGAAGUUCCUUGUUCGAAAACAUCAACCCAAAGACACACAGAAGAAGACACAACUCCUAGUAGCGUAUCCUGCUGCUCCAGAGGCAUCUGGGAAACCACUGAGUUUUUUUGGAUCGGGACAGUUUGGUGGUGGCCAUGAAGAGCUUCUCCCGCAUGACAUUUUGGGAAGUCUCCAGGAGUACAAGAGGGAAGCUUUAGCCAGAGGAAACACUCAGAUAGCAGAAUUUAUUGAGGAUUCUCCUCAAGAUGUUUUUGCGGUGGCUUUGAAGGAGAAAUGGGAAGGAGAGAAGAAAAAGGUUCAGGAGACCCCACAAUCGCAGCACAAAGCUCUCCAGAACUGGGAUCACCAUAUGGGAAUGAGGAAAAAGCAAGAGAAACACCUGGGAAAAAUUCUGCGGAAGCCAGAGAAUGAGUUGUUGAUGAACAUCUCGGACNNNNGGAAACUUAACAGGCAGGCUGCACGUAUCUGAAAGCAUCAGUAGGAGGGUUUUUUUCCACGCUAGGGCUACCGAAGAGGGAGCGAGUUCUGGAGCCAACCCGAUCGUAUCGGAGAUGAACUCACGGGCCUCAUGAUGACACUGACUCAACGGGAACGUGGCUACCCAGAGCCAGUCACUCACGUGGGGAAACCUCGGACCGUCCGCCGGGAAACGGGUUUGAAGUCUCCAAAGGCGGCCACUUUCCGCCUAACGUGGGAUAAGAGUCUUUUCCUGAAACAUCGACGGCAGGAACUAAAAUCCAUCCUAGAAGAGCUGGAUUUUUACGAACCAGAUUUGGAUGGACUGGAGGUGAUUGGUAAAGGCCAGCCUUUCACCUUUGUUUCAACACAGCCUCUGCCACAUCCCACCACCUCUGAAGAGUCUGAAAAGCUCAGUGACCCCUUUACAGACUAUCCCAGUGCGGUUCCAGAAUCAAUCCUGGGUCCGUCUUUAGAUUUCUGUGGCCAGCCUGCUCGUUGGAUCAAUGGUACCGCCUCUUGCAAGGAUGAGGUUGGCAUUGCUGCCCGGCUCACCUUCGAGAUUGUGGCUGGUGAAAGAGCUGAGAGCUCCCUGACAGUGAGCAACGAUGGCACAACUGCCAUCUGGUACAGCUGGAGGAGGCUUCCUCAGCAAAUUCCCAUCCGAGAAACAAAGAAGGGAAUACAGUAUUUUUACUUUAAUACCAGACCAGAUGUAAUUUUGCCUGGAGAAACUAGGAAGUUUUCAGUUAUAUUCAAGUCAGAGAAAGCAGGAAUUUUCAGUGAGUCCUGGGAAUUUAGGACACAUCCUCUGUUAUUAGGAGGAGCUCUGCUGCAGGUGUCCCUUUGGGGAAUUGCUGUGUAUGAGGAUAAACUGGCUGACCUCAGAGAGAAACUGGAGGCUGACCUGGCUGCUCGAGAAGGGGUCGUUAUAGUAGAAGAGACCCUGAAGGAACUUCUUGAGCGGGUUCGGACUCCAGAGCGCCCUCCGUCUCCUGUGGAUGCCUAUGUCACAGAGGAGGAGUUAUUCCACGAGAGGAAUCCAGAGUUGCAUUAUCAGCAUCAAGUGGUAAAACAACUCCAUAAACUGUGGAGACAGCAUAUGGCUGUUCCUUCAGCCUUUGAGGAGGAAAUACCCUCAGGCCAGAGGAGCUCUGUGGAGGACACGACGUAUGAGAAGAGUAUCUCAGAGGCUCUCCCUGCCCAGAAGAGCUCCACGCAGGAGGUUCUAGGUCAUGACACUCUUGAGGCAACUCCGAGUCAGAUGAUGAAGGAAGAAGAACCAAACCAGUCAGGAUGGAACCUUUCCCUCAAGGACUUUAAGGAGGCUCUGCAGUCAAUCCCUGAGGAGGAGCAGCGAGAAGCAGCGCUGAUCCAGCUCAAUAAGGCAGCCCUGGAGCUUUGUGCUGAACAGAAGCAAACUCAGUCGGAUCUUCCGCAUCAAACCUGCCUGCAGCUGUGGCGUGAAACAAUUGAUGGUCUGGUAAGCUGCUCUGUAAUGUUGAGGUGCCUGCUUGGCUUGCCUGAAAAAGACCCCUGUGUAGACAUCGUUCCAGAGGAACCAGGAGAAAAGGAAGACAAAAUAACCACUAGGAAAGAAGAGAGAAGAUCAGUUGGUAGUAGGGAUAAAGAAGACAAAAAAAGAUCAAAGACAUCAUGGAAAGAGAAAGAGGAACGUCCAAACAGCAGAAAGAUAAAAGAUGAGAAAAGGCAAAAAUCUUCCAAUAUAUCUCUGGAGUUACCACAACCUGUGGAAACUGAACUUGCAGAUGCAGUAGAACUACAGCAGGAGCCAGUGGACCCUAUUUUGUUUGGGAAAUACCAGGAAAAACUUUAUAUUGAAGUUUACGGGCUGCUGGAAUCAAUGGUGGACAAAAUGGUUAUUUUAUUUGAGGAUCUAAAGGAAAAAGGUGCUGUAAAGCAGGAGGGAGGAGCAUUUUCUAUCUAG